AUGAGUUUUGCAUUGGUAAAAGAGAAGUAUAUCAUGAGUGAAAACGUUUCUGCAGCAGAAACCGAGAAGUGUUUUAUUUUUGCAGCGAGGGACAUGAACAAAAUAAUACCAAAGAACAUUCUUGAGUUAGUGACAUACACUCAGGACGGCCUGGAUUUGGUAUUCACUGAGAAUUCUGUGGUUCCAUUGAAUGAUUCACAACCAUACUCUCUGGGUAGCUUCUCAAUUUCCACUUACUCACCGGAAUAUUACACCGUAUGCACUCUGUUAACAGAGAGAGAAUUACUAGGAGCUUUCUCAGCAAUAAAAGAAAAGCAGAUUGUUGAUGAAAGCCCACCAGAUUAUAGAAAUUGUUUCAUAUUUACUGAAGGAGACUUGAGACAAAUUCUACAGCAGUCCAUUCUGGAUAAGGUAGCCGCCAUGCCGCGUGGUUUGGAUUUCAUAUUCACCGAAAGUUCGGUUGAACCACUCAUUAAUUCACAGCAACACUCUCAGCCUGAUUUUUCAGUCCACUUCCACUCCGCAGGCCAUUAUGUGGUAUGCACUCUUUUAACACACAGAGAAUUAUUGACAGCUUUCAGCUCAGUGAACAGAAAACAAAACCCUGACAGAUAUGUCCUAACCACUCAUCCUCAAUAUCUACCGGAAGCCAGAAAGUGCUUCAUUUUUGCAGCGAGAGACUUGUGGCAUAUCAUACCACAGACAGUUCUAGACAUGGCAGCCUCUAGUCCAAAUGGAGUAGAUUUGAUUUUCACUGAGAAUUCAGUUGAACCUCUGACAUACCUACAGUCAUACUCUAAACCAGAUUUUUCGCUCUACUUCAGUCCAGUACACUCAUACACCGUGUGUACCCUACUAACACCUAGACAGUUAUUAAUGGCUUUCACUUCCAUAAAAGACAGACAGAAUGUCGAUGGACAUACCAGUGAGCAUUAUGGCGCAAAACAACAGGACGCUAGGAACUGCCUCUAUUUCAGAGCGAGCGAUAUGCAGCAGAUUAUACCAGAGGCAAUCCUUAAUACCGUGACACCCGCGCCAAAUGAAGUGCAUCUUGUGUUCAGUGAGAAUUCAGUUGAACCUCUUCUGCCUUACCCAAACCUUUACUCUGAUGGUGAUUUUUCAGUCUCAGUAUACUCAGCAGACUAUUACAAAGUUUGCACUCGCCUUAACGAAGGUGAAUUAUUAUUUGCUUUCGGUUCAAUAAAAUUUGGUCGGAAUAAAGGUGAAAAUGUGAUUUCUAGCAGUCACAAAGAUGUUCCACCAAAAGACGAGAAUUGUUUUGUUUUCGCGGGGAAAGACAUGAGACAAAUUGUGCCAGUAACAAUUCUUGAGAAAGUGGAUUCUACUUCGAGUAGAAUCGGUCUGGUUUUCACUGAGGAUUCAGUUGAACCUCUGUCUCAUUUAGUGUCACCUUCCCGGGCAGAUUUUUCAGUAGCGUCCCACUCAGGGGAUUAUUAUUCCAUAUGCACUCUUCUGACAGGAAGAGACAUAUUAAUGGUGUUCAGUAGAAUAAAAGGAGGUAAGAAUAACACAUUGCACACACCACAGCUUUCCGGAAUUCCAGAAGAGAAUGGUGUCAGAAAGUGUAAUACUUCCUUUGACAAUUCAAAGAAUCUAUGUCCAGACGAAAAACAACUCAACUGCCACGAUACCAAAACCAGCCCAUGCAACUUGCACUCUGGAGCAAAGGAAGCCACUUUGAAUAUUUACGUAUAUCCUAUCGUGUUGACACCAAAAACACCUGAUGGAUAUCCAUCACUUUGGGGAACUAUUUAUCAAUAUAAGGAAAGGGACCCUGACAAAAGCCUUGGUAUCAAUGACCAGAAGUCGACAUGUUGCGAGGGGGAAGGUCUGCUGAUGUACUCUGGCCCCGAAAAUGACAAAAAUAAUCAGUUUUGGAAAGGAAACAUUCGACCUCCUUUCGGUCCUUUUGCAUAUCCUUGGGCGAGACCUUCCUGGUUGUCUACACCAGCCAAUAACAAGGGAUUCGGAAAUGGACCUUUCUUAUUUUCUAUGAAUGCUCAGCCACGUGAUGUGAGAGAAAUUGGCGUUGGAAACAGCUCCAACGAUAUUCCUCAAGACCUCAAUGGCCAUGGAGAUGAGGAUUUGCAGUUUGCAAAUGAAAAUAAUGAAGGGAACAAAUACUAUUCAGACGAGAUUAGUGAUGAAAGCAGGAGUUCUGAAAAUUUUACAUUAGACACUAACGGUCAUUUUGCUCACGAAAGCUACGAAAGCUUCGAGAAUGAAGGUAGCAGAACAAUGGACAGUGCAGGAAUGAGUGUGGAACCAGUUCCAGAAAAUGAAAGCAUGUUGAACUCUGAUUAUGAUUCGCAACAAAGCUUGGGCGUCGCUCAGGUUGGUACUACUGGAAGUAAAUACGUCCUGGAUGAUGAUAUUCAUCAUCACUCUGGCAAUAUAACUAUGGAAAAUGAGGAUUUGCAGGUUACUGUGGAGUAUGAAGACAUUUCUAAGGAAAAGCCAGUCACUAGUAACCAACUUUUAAGGUUCCUGGAGGACUCUGCAGAUUCUGUAAAUAGACCUAAUGCACCUGCAGAUUCGAAUGGUAACCGUGUAAUGCAACCUGAAAUAACCAGUAACAUUGAAAACCAGGUCAUUCAGACAGAAAAGGAACUUAGAACAAUUACCCCAAAAAGAGGAAGUACCAGUAGUGAUGAACGAAAACUAGCUUUUGAUUCCAGUGAUCUGGAAACUUCACAAAUUGAAACCAGAAGUGUCAGUUGUAGUACUAUAGGGUGUCCAACUACUUUAGACGAUGAAAAGGUUGGGUCUGAAAGUUUAGAUUAUGGGUGGUAUGAGAGUGACAGGUCUUUAGAUCCCGAAGACAACAGCCCAGACGUGGGAGCCCUCCAACCUGACCCAGUAGAUUUGCCAUAUUCAGAGACUAGUCCUGAAUUGUCUGGUGCUUACAGAAAUGUCAUUCAGAAUCCAAACACCAUAACGUAGGCAUUUAUUGUACUAUAAAUUAAAGAUAUUUAAGGCUUUCUCAUAGUUCUACAACAAAAAUAAGAGGAGUUUCUGUUAUAAAUAUUAAAGGGAUUCAUAUUAUUGGCCUUAGAUGCUAUACCUUAUGUUAAGCACUGCUCAUUAUAAAAAAUUUUCACUGUGUGGACAAUACCGGAACUUCACUCUAGACAGUGGCAGACAUACCAGACGGGUGAUCACGUAAGUAACUGAACACAAUACUCUCAAAUCAAAGAGUUUUCGUCAUUGAAAUAAGAAUGGCCUUGUCCAAGCAUUAGUUCAUUACAGUAUUAAGAGGAGGGAGUGUUUGUGGCAUGGUAAAUUAAGCAGUGUCGUGACCUUUCCUUGUCAUCUUAUGUUGUCUGAAUGAAAGCAAAUUAAAUAUAUUCCAAAGGAGUUUUCGUGCUUAAAUGAAAGCUCAUUGGAGUUAUAUAAAUUAAGUAUGAUAAAAACAUAUAUGGAAGCCAUUCUAACAUAUGUUCCAGGUACUCCAAUUUCUGAGGAGAUUUCAGUUUGGUCCGCAUAUCUUGAAGACUGUAAAGUAAAAAAAAAAAAAGUUUAUGGACGAGUUUGCCUGAAGAGAAGACCAUCAGUGAUUGAUUAAACUAAUUUGGCUUCAGAAUAUAGAAAGUUGUCAAGGCUGAAGAGAAAGCAAUGCAAGAAAAUGUCCCAUGAAGAAAUUAUAAAAUUUCUCCAAUUCAAGAAGUUGCAAGGACACGGUAAGUUGGAGUCUGAUAUGAAAAGGAAAAACGAUGGUGUGGAUAUGAAAAUUGAACCUUCAAUGAAGCUUGCAGUUAUAUAUAGCAUAGGGCACAUGCUAUAAUUGACCAGACGCAGCCCAUAGCUCUCCAUCUCCCAAUUAUGAACGGGAAAAUUACUUAAACAACUUACAUUACUUGUAAGGAUAAAUGUUUCUCGUGGUGUUUACGAAGCGAUUGAAGCCUCUGUAUACUUAUCAGCAAGGCUUCAGUUACUGAGAGGAAAUUCCUUCACACAGUGAAAAUUCGUUUGAAGCUUUUUUAAUUUUCGCUUUGAAUUUCACCCCAUUUUGUUGUUCAACUAUGACUGAAGUGAUUUAUUGGUAUUACCGUCGUGCGUAGAAUAAAUGUAUACUUUUU